AUAGCGCCUAAAGCGGGGCAAGAUCCAACGGCGGGAAACUUCCUAAAUGCUAAAUCACGAGCCUUUCUCUUCUUCUGCUUCCCCCUUUCCCUCUUUCUCUCCCGCACGAACGCAACUCACUGAGUCAAGUCCAGUCAAGUUCCUUUCCACUCUCUUUUCUUUCUUCCCCCAUCCCCCCUCAACCCUAUGCCCUUUUUCGUCUUUUCCUCUGCAAUUUCCAUCCAAGGGCUCCCAUCGUUCCACGUCACUUCCGUCUUCUUCAACUCCCCCCUUCCCCUUCCCCUGAUCCCCUCAUCUCCUUCCUCUUUUAUUUCAAAAACUCCCUUUAGGGUUUCUCAGAUUUAACUGUCUCUUCUUUUUCUUCUUCUUUUUCUUUUUGCUUUUUUUCCUCCUUAUUUUUCUUGAUUAGAAAAUUAGAAGAAAAGGAGAUCUCCAAAUCUUCAAUUUCGCCGCUGAUAUUUCUUCACUUCCUUUCGGACGAGGUUUCUGAUGAAUUCGUUGUACUCCGAAAACGGUGAAAAUAAUUCUUUUUGAAAUAUUAAAUUGGUUAGAAUUGAGGAUUAGAAAUUUUUUUUUUUGGUGCUUAAGGUUAUGAUGGCGAUUGAGAAGAGUAAUUCCAAAGUUUCACCCUUUGAUUCGGAGUUUUCGCCUGGUAGUAGAGAGAUGACUGUGUCAGGUGAUGAGGACGAGCUUCAACGUCCAGGGUCAGCCGUUGAUUCUGAUGAUGAAUUUGACGAUGAUGCUGAUUCAGGAGCAGGUUCGGAUGACUUUGAUUUGUUGGAAUUAGGUGAAACCGGGGCUGAAUUUUGCCAAGUCGGGAACUCGACCUGUUUGGUUCCUUUUGAGUUAUAUGAUCUUCCUGGAUUGGAAGAUAUUUUGUCUCUUGAUGUGUGGAAUGAAUGUUUAAGUGAUGAAGAGAGGUUUAGCCUUACUAAGUUUUUACCUGAUAUGGAUCAGGAUACGUUUAUGCGGACCUUGAUCGACAUUUUUAAGGGUAAUAAUCUUCACUUUGGGAGUCCUAUUAAGAGUUUGUUUGAUAUGUUGAAAGGAGGGUUGUGUGAGCCGAGGGUUGCACUUUAUAGGGAGGGCAUGAAUUUCUUUCGGAAGCGGCAGCAUUACCAUCAUCUGAGGAAGCAUCAGAAUACUAUGGUUGUCAAUCUUAUUCAAAUGAGGGAUGCUUGGCUUAAUUGUAGGGGAUACAGUAUUGAGGAGCGGCUUCGUGUUUUGAAUAUUAUGAGAAGUCAAAAUAGUUUGAUGUAUGAGAAGUUGGAAGAUAAGGAUUCUGCAUCCUCUGAUGGAGAGGAUUUGGUUGAUGGUUUUUGGAGCAAAAGAGUUAAGGACUGGAAAGCUCCACAGAAAUCAGGUCGCUACUCUGGCUUUGGGGUUGAACCAGAUUUAGAGUUUGCAUCGCGAGGACAACUGAUGGAUUUGGAACCAUCAAAAUACAGGAAGCAGAAUCCAAAAGGCAAACUGAAGACAGGUGAGUCAAAACUUCCUUUUGCAAGAGAGUUUGGCAGCCGCUUUUCCCCUGAUUUAGAUAUGAAUUCUGAGCCAUACGGUUUGCCAGGAACACUUCCUCGAGAGAAAUAUGAGUCUGCAGCACUCAGGGCAAGGGAUUGGAUGAGGUUAGAUGAUGCUGAAGACCCAAUGUUUGGAACAGGUAUUCAGCGAAACCAAAAUGCUCUCGAUAAUAGCUUCAUGGGCAAAUCUGGUUCUUCGAGAGCAAGGAAGAAGUACAAUCUUUUAAGAGGGGAAGAAUUAGCCACUGAUAGUUUCACGGCUUCGCCUUUGUCUUCAAAGCAUGAUUUCCUUUCCUAUGGUAGGAAUAGGAAUGCGAAUCAAUUGUCCGAGGCAAAAGUGUAUGCUUCAAAGCCUCCUAAUAUGAGAAUAUCUCAUGAUUUUGCCAAAAAGUCCAAGCGUUUCAAAAACGACCCACUAUUUGCAGCCGGAGAUCAAAUAAAGUCUAUAAAAGGCCGAAUUCCUUCGCUGCCAUUGCAAGGGAGUCGAGUUGACUUAUCUGAGCGCACUGAACUGUUUUGGCAAAAUGAAAACCAAGGAGAAGAUUUCUCUGUGGAUUUGUCCGUUAGACCUGAUGAUUGGAAUAUUAAGCACAAGAAAUGGAAAACACUGCGGGAAUCUCCUGAUCUCAGUUUUAAAUCUUAUAAAGCUUCCUCACCACUGAUGAGUGACCAAUUCUUGAAAUCUGCCAGUAGAAAGAAACCAUCGCAGGAGAAGAUUAGAGGGAACUAUUUGCAAAAUGGAGGAGCAGUUAUGGCCAUUUCAAAAGGUAGUAGAGCAUUUAUUAAAAACGAAGAAACAGAAUCUGACUCAUCUGAGCAAUUUGAUGAUGAGGAGGAGAGCAAUCCUCUAAUGAGAGGCAAGUUGGCAUACACCAGUGGCGUCAUAGAAAAUCCUCGCCUGUCUUCAUUGAAUUCUGGCCUUGAUUCUAAGAAGACCAAAUCUUCAAAGAAAUAUACUAUGAAGGAUGGAUGGCCUCUUGAUGGAAUGAACCGCUACUCCAAAAAGAGCUUUGAGGAAAAUGUGCACGUGGCAGGAGUAGAAAGCUACUAUUCGGAAAGAAAACAGAAGGGUAAGAUGCAUGAAAGCAGUCCCUUACCUAACUCUGGUUCUAGAGUUUUGGAUGAGGUUGGUGGGAAACAAGUUUCCAAGUUGGUCAAGAAUGGCCAUUUACGAGGGGAACCUGGUGACAGGUUACGUAGGUCCUCAUUGAGGGCCUACCCUACUGAGAAAAGGCAGAACGGUGAACUUGCCUAUGAUCAUUUUAUGACUCAGUCAAAUAAUCAGCAUGAUUAUCUUGAUGAGGAGGAUGGUUCGCCUGUGGCACUAUCAUUGGCAGAUGAAUUUAACCUGGGUAGAACUGGGAAGAAAAGACAGAACACUGAAGCAUAUGAUCGCUGUGAGAAGUCUGAAGUUUCGUUGCUAGGGAGCAACAAAGUGACAAAGAAGAAGAAAGGGAAGAGGUACGUGGAAGAUGUCAACGGAAGAGGUGAAGAUGGCAACGUGCAGCCUAACUCCCAGCAGCAAACUGAUGAUUCUCCUUUCUUGAAGAAAAAGGGAAAACGGAAAUUCGAGGUUGAUACAGUUACUUCAGAUAUGGAACCUUCUGAGCCUCAUGGUGCAGAUCUGGGAACCACAGAUUUGGAGAUGGAAACCAAACCACAGAAAAAGCCAUUUACUUUGAUUACCCCUACCAUUCAUACUGGAUUCUCAUUCUCAAUUAUACAUCUUCUUUCUGCAGUUCGUAUGGCAAUGAUUACUCCAUUUCCAGAAGAUUCCUUAGAGGUUGGUAAACCUAGAGAGGAGCAGAAUGGAAAGCAGCAAGGUGAUCUGAAUGGGGUUCUCUCAUGUGACAACACAGUUACCAAUAAUUCAGACCAUCUUGUGCAACCAAGUGUGCCUUUUCUUACCGUUCAUGAUAUUGUUAAUCGUGUGGCAGUAAAUCCUGGAGAUCCGUGUAUCCUUGAGGCAGAAGAGCCGCUUCAAGAUUUAGUUCGGGGAGUUCUAAAGAUUUUCUCAUCAAAAACAGCACCUUUGGGAGCAAAAGGUUGGAAGGUACUUGUUGCCUAUGAGAAGUCCACAAAAAGCUGGUCUUGGGUUGGCCCUGCUAUGCAUAGCUCAAACAAUGUUGAGACGACCGAGGAGGUGAUAUCACCCGAAGCCUGGGGUCUUCCUCACAAAAUGCUUGUCAAGUUGGUUGAUUCUUUUGCAAAUUGGCUAAAAAAUGGUCAAGAGACUCUCCAACAAAUAGGAAGUCUUCCUGCACCUCCGCUUGAACUGAUGCAAGUCAACUUAGAUGAGAAAGAAAGGUUCAGAGACCUAAAAGCUCAGAAAAGCCUUAACACCAUUAGCUCAAGUUCUGAAGAAGUGAGAGCUUAUUUCCGUAGGGAGGAGCUUCUUAGGUAUUCUAUUCCUGACAGGGCCUUCUCUUACACAGCUGCUGAUGGAAAAAAAUCUAUAGUUGCUCCCUUGAGGAGAUGUGGAGGUAAGCCAACUUCAAAGGCUCGAGACCAUUUUAUGCUGAAACGUGAUCGGCCACCGCAUGUUACGAUUCUUUGUCUUGUGAGAGAUGCUGCUGCCAGGUUGCCUGGAAGUAUUGGCACACGUGCAGAUGUUUGUACUUUGAUAAGAGACUCUCAGUACGUCGUUGAAGAAGUUUCUGAUGCACAAGUAAACCAGAUUGUUAGUGGAGCCUUAGACCGCUUGCACUAUGAACGUGAUCCUUGUGUACAAUUUGAUGGAGAGAGGAAAUUGUGGGUUUAUUUGCAUAGAGAAAGAGAAGAAGAAGAUUUUGAGGAUGAUGGUACUUCAUCUACUAAGAAAUGGAAGAGGCCGAAAAAGGAUACUGCUGAGCAAUCCGAUCAAGUAGCUGUAACAGUGGCUUUUCAUGACACUGGGGAUCAGUCGGGAUUUGAAUUAGGCUCUGAGCUUAAUGUUGAACCUUCAUGCAUUUACAGUGAUAAAAAGAUGGAGUGUUGUGAUAGACAAAACGCGGAGGAUAAUGCUGACUCUAGUCAUGGGUCUGAGCAAUGUACCAGUCAGCAGGAUCAUCCAAUGACAUUGGAGCCUCCUGACCUAAAUCCUGUGCAAGAUGGCGAAUUACAAUGUCAAGAAAAUUCCACUAAUGAAGAUAUUGAUGAUAUUGAUGAUGGUAGAGAAAAACCUGUUGAACACCUCGAUGCAAGCUUAUUAUGAUCAAAUACUUGAGGGCAAAGUCCAGCUUAGGUAGGAUAGAAAGCUUUCAAGGUAUGUAUUUAUAAAUUGGAAGGUUACACUUACAUAUAGAUAGUGAUUUUAGAACAAAAUGUAGACUAGAAACUGAUAUUCUGAUGGUCAAUGAACACUUCAUGAUUCUGUUAAUCAUCACCAUAAUAAUAUAAUCUAUAUUUUUGAUAA